AUGAAUGUAACCUCUGACGAAAGUUAUUAAAUUUAUUCAGCUUCCAUUCCUUUUUAAAAUUAUACUCUUCUUAAUAAUCCAAAAAUCAAAGCCAGAGCUAUCGGAUUUAUGACAGGAUUUUCUAUAAGUUCUAUAUCUUAGCAAUUAGAUGUAUAAUUUGAAAUUAGCUCAUAUUAAACUAAUAAUAAUUCAAUUAUGAUGAAUAUGUAUUAAGAAAAAAGUUAUGAAUUUAUUUAAGAUCGUUCAAAUUGUUUGUUCAAUAACGUAAUAUAAGACCAAUAUUUAUAAUUAAACUCAACAUGCAAAAUAGGACUUUCUGGUGAUGAUAUUUAGGAAAAAUGUGCAAGAGUUUAGACUUCUAAAACUCCAAUAAGUGUCUAGCAUAUGAUUAAACAAGAUUUUGCUAUUGGUUUUUCUAAAAUUUCUUGUAAUUUAUCUGCCUAAAAUCCUAGAAUUGUUCUAUAUGAUUUUACCUUAUCUAAUAAUACAAUCUAAAUCACUUACUACACUUGGUAAGGUUCUUAGGUAUUAGGAGUAACUUCUACUAUUAUUGAAUUAUAUAGUUUAUCAUGCCCUACAGGUUUUUUCUAUUCCUUUGCUGAUUCUGAUUGUGUAAACAGUUGUGAAUAAUAAACUUAUCAAGAAUAAAAUUUAUCCAAUAAUAAUUUAUUACCUACUUGUAGUGAAUGUGAUACUAGCUGUCAAAAUUGUAUAGGGCCUCUUCCUACUAACUGUACAGCUUGUUCAUAAUAAUAUCCUUAUAACAACACUCGUAUAAAUAAUUGUGUUUCUAAACAACCUUAACCUGGAUUUAUUUGUUAACAAUCUCCUAACAACUAUCCCUCAUAUUAAUAUAAUUGUUAUCCUUGUCAAGAUAAGUACUGUAAUAACUGCACAAAUAUUACACCAAACUCUUGUUCGUAGUGCUAACCAAAUUAUUAUUUAUACAACUAAAACUGUUAAUUAACAAAACCUUCUCCAGCUUAUUGUAACAAUUAAAAUAUUUGUCAAGAUUGCACUAUUUAAUUUUGUCAGAACUGUGAUCAAGGACCUUAAAUUUGUAGUUCAUGUGCUCCUUCAUUUUUUUUUGAUCAAAAUACAAGCUAAUGCAAAUGCCCUUCUGCUACUUUCUUAGAUUCGAAUAAUGCUCAAUGCAUAUCAUGUCCAAUUAAUUGUGCUAUAUGUUAAAGUAGUAUAGAUUGCUAGGUCUGUGCUUCAGAUUCAUUAAAAGACCCGUUAAAUCCUGGAAAAUUUGCUAGUAUUGUGCUCCAUAAUGCCUUACUUGUUCUGAAUCUCAAUCUAAUUGUUAAUCAUGUAAAACUGGUGCUUAAAUAAAAUUAAAUUCUGUGUCUGAUUAAAAUGAAUGCACUUGUAUUGAUUAGAAAGAUACAUUAAAUUAAAUAACUGGAAAUUGUUAAUAAUGUCAAGAUCUUAUGUGCUAGUAGUGUGAUAUCAAUAAUAGAAAUUAGUGUUUAUAAUGCAUAUAGUUAGCAUAAUUUUCACAAACUGAUUAGAAAUGUGUGUGUUCCUAAUCAACCUAUUACUCAUAAAGCACCAAUAGUUGCAUUUAAUGUCCUCAAGCAAAUUGUUUGGAAUGUUUACCUGAUGGAUCUUAGUGCAUUUAAUGUAAAAGUGGGUUCUUUUUUGAUAACAGGCACAAUACUUGUAGCUUUUGCAAAUCAGAAAAAUUAAUGCUUAGAGUGCAGUUCUUCAACUAGGAUUAUUGAUCUAUAAACAAAAAGCUGUGCAUGCAAACCUUCUUUUAUAGAAACCAAUCAAAAGGAUUGCUAGUUUAGUCCUAAGCCUAACAUUUUAUUCGAAAUUACAAGUAUAAUGACAAGUAUUUAGUACUUUAUUUACCUUCCAACUUUGUUUAUUAAUCAUCAUCCUUUCUCUGAUUACUUUUUGAUGAAUUCACAGUUAAUAGGAAAUCAAUUUUAUUCAUAGCAACAUGAUUAAGUAGGUAUUUUUGCUUGUAAUUAUGCUAAAUUCAAUUAUUUUAAUCUUCAUGAUAGUUAAAUUUUAGUUUUUAGUUAUGAUUUACCUUCGUCUAAAGACUCUUCAAUCCUCUCAAACUUAAUUGCUUUUUUUGGAUCUAUAAUGUAGCAAACAAUUUUAAAUCUUUCUUAAACUGGAAUUUGUUCAUUAAAGUGA